GCUUGUACGUGUAGCGCAUUCAAAAUCUUACUCAUUUACCUUAGAUUUUCGCCUCACCUCUUCGUCGUCCAGCUCUACCGUUUGUCAGUUAUCUUUUAUUAUUAAAUGUGCUUGGUCUAAGCAUUUCCAUACAGAUUAAGGAUUUUCUUACCUUCGACUACGUUGGUUUCGAAGCAUUUAACUUAACUACAUUCAUAACUCAAUGGUUGUUGGGAGAAUACAAGUAGUAUACCUAAUAAGGGUCUGUCGACGUGUUUUUUCUUGUGUUCCCAAUGAACGUAGCAAGGUUUCUAUUUUUGAUUCCUGGAAUACAUAUGGGCAUACUAUAGAAAGUCAACUAGAUCUUCGAACCAUCCCAACAGUAUCAACUAUACUAAGUAAGACAGCGCCUCCACAGAGUAUAGUUUCACUACGUAAAUGGCAGGAAAAGAAAAAAAGUGAGCUCGGUGAAGACGGGUUUCAAGAGUAUAUACGAGGACUUCAGCUCUUAGGGAAAAGUGUCCACUCCAGCAUUGAAGCUCGACUUCUGAAGGGCAAAUUCCCUUCCAACUUACCAGAAAAUGUUUCCAAAUAUUGUGAAAGUCUGAAGUACAUUUUGGAUGGCCUAAAGUCUACUGUGGUAGAGACCAACUGUCUUCAUCCUCAGCUUUUGUAUCGUGGAAGGUUUGACAGCAUAGUUUUUCUGAAAGAUAUGGAUGAGCCUAUUUUAACUGAGUGGAAGACAGUACAUGAGUCCAAGCGAAUAGUAACUAUUGAUCAAACUUAUGAUAGUCCAUUACAAAUUGCAGCAUAUAUUGGGGCUUAUAACUUUACACGUUAUCCGACAUCCUCAUUGGUUAAGAAGGGCAUGCUGAUAUAUUCAUAUGGUGACGGCUAUCCAGCAUCGCGUAUCGUUUUGAAUGAGACUGACUUGCUACACUAUUGGGAACUGUGGUGCGAACGCGUGGAAGCUUAUCGAGAACAGUGUGGCAGUCCUCCUAAUGAAGAAUGAAAAGUAGCCUUACAUGUGCUCAGUGUCUGCUAUUUCAUUAGCCAUCCUAACAAAUCAAAUGAACAAUAUUAAAAGAAAAAUUCCAUAACCAAGCAACUGAAAUAUGGCAUCAGUUACACUGAACUUGAAAAACAUUAUCACUCACAUAAGAUUUUAUAAAUAUAUGUAUCACCAUU